CAACGUUGGCAGGUACUACCUGCGUACCUGCUACAGUGCUACCUGAAAAGGUGAAGAGUUUGUUUUGUUGUGGAAUGGUCAUUCCUUGCCCGAUCAGUGAAUUUCCGGAUAGUUUUAUUAGUUUACAACAAAAUAUUUCAUACGGAAUUAAAAUCGAAAAAUGUACUUAGUUAUAACACAAGACCGGCAUUGGAAGACACAAACGGCACAGGUUUAACUCAUAUCAUCAAAAUAAAGUUAUUUUUUUUUUGUAACUCGGGGGCCUAACAACGAAUACAAGCUGUCUUCCUCAAAGACAAAGGCCAUGCCCGUCGCGGCUAUAGGGUUGCCCUUGGACAAGGCCCUGGCUGGAGUGCCACGGUUACUGGACGAUCUGCAGCGACUUUCCGAAGACCAUGACUCCGCGGACAUCGUGUUCAUCUUGGGGCCUCAAGAGGAACGAGUAUACGCACAUAGGGUCAUUCUUAUGGCAAGAUGUUGUACUGUAUCUCCUGCAGCACCUGGUACUCCAACGCCCGUAAGAUUACUUCAAACACCUCCAGAAACGUUCAAACAGUUCCUACUUUACGUCUAUACCGGAAAAAUCCUCCUGCAAGACAACGUGAUCUUCGAAAUGAUGGCUUUAGCUCAGGAAUUCAGUGUUGACGAAUUAAAAACAGCCUGUGAAGAUCACGUCACUUCUACUCUUUCAGUUGCCUCAGCUUGCAGUUUUUUAUUAGCGGCCAUGGAUAUUCAAGACAAGUCGCCUGGAGGAAAUGCAGCGUCUACUUUUGUAGAGAGGUGUAUCAGCUAUAUUGGAGAGAAUGCGUCGGAGUGCGUUAAGACGAAUUCGUUCUUGAGUUUGAGGAAAGAAGCGCUUAUAAAAGUGAUAUCUUCGGAUUAUUUGUGCUUGGAAGAAGAGGAUGUUUGGAGAGCAGUGCUGAAUUGGGCUAAAUAUCAAGCGGGUGUUACUCAACCAACACCACACUGGACUGAGGAAGAAAGGGUACGCGUCUGUCAACAUCUCUCCUACGUCAUCAACCACGUUCGACUUUUGCUGAUAGACAGCCAAGUGUUUGCAGAAGAAGUUGAACCUACUGGUGCUGUUCCAAUCGAACUGAGUCUUGAAAGGUACAGACAUGCGGCUCUACCAAGCAAAUACCCUGAGGCUACUGAGGACCAGAGGUUGAGGCCUAGAGUGUCACCACACACAUUCCCAGGUUCGUUGAUACUAGGUCAAGACAAGAGUCAUUUCCAGAGGAUACUCAACACCUGGUAUGGCUACGCGAAGCAAACCUGGAGGCUGCUCUACAGAGCAAGCAGUCACGGUUACUCUGGUACCGCUUUCCACAGACACUGUGACGGUAUCGCACCUACUUACGUCAUAGUUUUGGGAGUGCGUGGAGAAAUUUGCGGAGGAUUCAGCGAUACCCCAUGGGAGCGGCCUUCCGGGAAGAGUCACUACGCCGCCUCAGAGAGGGCGUUUUUGUUCACAUUGUGCAAUCAUCAGAAUCUUCCGCCCACGCAGUUCCAUAUCAUCAAAAAACCCUUCGCGAUAUGCUAUCAUCCGGACUCUGGACCAAUAUUCGGUGCUGGGGCAGAUUUGUUGAUUUCGAAUAAUUGUAAUAGUAAUAUGGACAGUUAUUCGAAUUUGCCUCAUACCUAUGAUGGAGAAGGGGCUUCUCCGUCUAUUUUGAUGGGGGAUUAUAAUUUUACCGUAGCAGAUUAUGAGGUUUUUACACCGAUAAAUAUGCCGCAUAAGUUGUCGAAAAAUGAAAGAUAUUCAUAGAACAAAUCUCGAACGAAGUAUUUUGAAAAUAUUGUACAUAAACUGUUCCGUCUGUUCUCUAUUUUUUUUUUUUUUUUAGAAAGAUGACAAGCAAUUAUGUUUGCACCAGAAAAGAGUGUAGCUCAAACAGUAAACACAAAGUAAAAAAAUGAAUGUUAGAUUAAUACGUAUUUUAAAACUUAUGAACUACAAAAUAUUCCAGGGCUUCCUGAAAUAAAGAAUAUAUAUUCACAACCUGAAAGACUCAAUAAAUUUGAUGAUUGUACAUAUACUAUAAUAUAUGUAUUGCUAUUACUGUGCCAAUAUUUGUUGAUUUUUACAAGCUUUUAUUUAACUUCACCUGUUAUAAUAGUAUGUGGGAUAAAUCUGAGUUCUAAUCAGUUAACCUUAACCAAUUGAGCUGAAAUUUUGUACACACGUUUCGUUUGUGUGACACUACAAAAUGAAUUAACAGCUGCCAUUUUGAAUUCAAUGUGGCUGAUGUUACAUAAUGGCGAUUUGGUAUUUCCUUAGUAAAACCACUAUAUAGGUAUCAAAUGAAAGGGCUUGAUUAGAGAAACCAAAUCAACAAAAUGAGGCCACACUAAAUUCAACAUGGCGGCACUCGCAACAUGGCAAUUUUCAUUUUAGAUUUUCAGUUCAUUUUAUUACUAGCUGAAUAAAAGCUUGUUUUUAAAAAUGUAUUUUUUAUAACGCUUUUGUUACUUUUUCCUUUUAUGUGUGCUUUAAAAAAUAA